AUGUCAUACGCUGAGCUUGGUUAUUCGUAUUCAGCAGCCCCCCAGAUCCUAUUAUCCUCUAAUACUCUGGGUUCCUGCUACGAGUCCGGGACUGAUUCUCCAUCCGAUUCUGCGCAGACUUCUCUCUACUGCCCGGUGUACGAGGGCACAUUGGUGACAUCUGCCAGACACGACCACAACUCUCCGUAUGAGAAUGGAUAUAUGAAAGAUCACGGGACAUACUGUUCGUAUAGAACGGAUUCAACAUGCCUGUAUUCCCUGGGUAAGAUCCGAGAGAAAGGGGAAUCAGGAACGACAAGUGCAAGGAUCACACCUGGGUCAGCUUAUUACUCCUACAAUCACCCAUUUGGAUACCAGUAUGACUCAUAUGGUUAUGGAUCUGUGGAUGUUAACACGAGAAGGAAGAACGCAACCAGAGAGACCACCAGCACCCUGAAAGCAUGGCUUCAGGAGCACAAAAAGAACCCGUACCCCACCAAAGGAGAAAAGAUCAUGCUGGCUAUAAUCACCAAAAUGACCUUGACACAGGUGUCCACGUGGUUCGCCAACGCCCGCCGUAGACUCAAGAAAGAGAACAAAAUGACAUGGUCCCCACGCAACAAGACCUCAGAGGAGAGAGGCUGCGAAGAGGAAGCGGAGACCUUCGAAGGGGAGCCGAUUAAAUCUGAGAACGAAUUUGACGGCAACCCAAAGGUGGACGAUACAGAUCCAGCACAAAGCGAUUUGGAAGACUUCGACCUCACUGAGUCAGAUUCCUCUGAAUGUGAACCGAAACCUUUCUCACCCUCGAGCAUACAUGCAAUAUCACAGGACUGUCCAGACUAUCGACUCAGAGAACCUCUGCUACAUGCGUCUACUCCAGAUACAAGUUACGACGGUUUUGAUAAAACCUGCUUAGAGUCGACGACUGAAGAUAGCCAAAACCCUGAACAAGAAGAGACCAAGCCAAAAAUUUGGUCACUUGCACAGACAGCCACAUCGUUAAAUCAGGCAGAUUACACAUCAUGCAUGCAUAGGAGUCGAGGCACGCGGUCGUCCUCUACGGGCUGCCAUUUAGACUUAGAGGACUCUCCGUUCGCCAGUCUCAGAAACUGGGUAGACGGCAUGUUUCAUGAUCCAAUGCUUCGGCAAAGCGACUUCAACCAGACUUUCUCCAACUCUUCAAGUUUAUGGAUGUUGGAGAACAGAUUCCAUGAACUGACAGAUUCUGUUCCUUCGCCCCAGCUCACAUGA